GAUUUCACAUUGCUAAUGGUCUUGAUCAAUUUCAGAACCUUAACAACCCCCACAGAAGACAACUGGCCUGGUGUAACACAACUGCAGGACUACAAGGCCAAUUUCCCCAAGUGGACUGAUUACAAUCUUGGAAAUUCCGUCAAACAGAUGGACAGCGAUGGCUUGGACCUUUUAUCGAAAACACUGAUCUACGAUCCGACUCGAAGGAUUUCUGCCAAGGAGGCCCUGAAGCACCCCUACUUUGAUGAUCUCGACAAGUCCACUCUUCCAGCCAAGAAUUAAACCUUAAUUUAGAGGACAUUUAUCUUUUCUCCACUUUCCUUUUUUUAAUACUAUCAUCAUCAUUGUCAUAUUUUUAUAUUCUAUUGGAUGUGUAACUUCUGAACAAAAGUUUCUAAGGGGCAGGACUUUUUUACCAUUCGGGCCAUAUUUACAACUAUGUUCAUGUCUGUCAGAUGUGUACUACCAAAUUAUGGUAGUCACCAUCACUACUUGUGAAUGUCUGAUUGAACAGAUAUAUAUUUGCAUGGUUUA